GGGAACCACGCUGGACUUCGACGACGACUUCAACGAUGACAUUCCUGACGAGUGGUCGGUCAAGAAUCCAGCCCGGUGCCCGUACUACCACCUGGCGCCGAAGACAACGAUGGAGGGCCGCGCGGUCGAGCAGACGCUCUUCUCGCACGGGGAGGAGGAUGAGUACGACCCGCGGAACCCUUGCUUCGUGCAGCCGGCGGACACCCAGCAGGUUGUGGAGUCCACAGCUCGGCAGCUGCAGCAGCAGAUCGCGCGGCUGCAGAGCCUCAUCAAGGCUCGCGAGAAGAUCGAGCCAACCUCCUCGACGGCCAUGAAGACGUACAAGAGGGUCCUCGAGGAGCUGAGAGCAGACUUCGCGGACCUCGGGGUUGAGCUGGAACCGGUCGAGGAGGGGCGGGGGGGGGGGGAUGGAACCGCCAUCCUACCAUGGACGUCUUCCCGACGAUGCAUGCCACACCAGCUUGGCAGAGGGACACCAAGGUGUCGGACAGGAAGACCACCUGGUAAACGAGUCUGGCUUUGCUCUCAGGCGUCGCGGGUCGGCGACGAGGCCGACGUGGUCUUUGUUGCGGAGGCCAUGCCGGAGGCAGCCAGGCCCUGGCCACCCUGGGCAUCGAUGAUACAAUGAAAAAGUCUUCUAGAGAAGUGCGGCGGGGAGAAUUGCGCUGCAAUCAACUGUGCCCAGACGGGUCCGCUCCUGGCGAGUUCCGACGAACUUGUCUCGCCUGUGCCCUGGCCGCCGUCCGCUGGCCCGCCGCGGCGAUUGUGUCGCGGGUGCCUCUCGGGGGGGCCUUGGG